AUGGAGGACGUGGAGAAGCAAGCCAACUGUUCUUCGAUUCGUGGACCGAGCAUCGAGACGGGCACAUAUGAAGACCUCAAUCGACACAGUGCUUUGCAACCUCCUAACGCGCUUUUACUGCCCUCGCACACGAAAAGAUCAGAUGGAGGGUGGUCUGGUUGUUUGGCUGUCUUCGGAGCAUUCCUGGCCCUUUUCUGUUCGUUCGGUCAAAUGAAUGCUUUUGGAACAUACCAGUCGUGGUAUUCGGACCACCAGCUUGCUGGGCAUUCGCAAUUUAGUAUCUCCUGGAUUGGUUCCCUUCAGUUAUGGACUUUUUUCUUCAUGGGAGGACCUAUAGGACGCCUUUUUGACGCAUACGGGCCGUCGCCCGUGAUGAUCUUUGGGACACUGCUACUGGUUUUUAGCACAUUGAUGACGAGCAUCUCUACGGAAUAUUAUGAAUUCUUAUUGUUCCAAGGCUUCUUCUUUGGCCUUAGUGUUGCAUCACUCUUCUAUCCCUCAUUAGCUGCAGUUUCGACUCACUUUGAUAAGUACCGUGCAUCGGCUCUCGGUGUUGCAGCCGCUGGCUCUGGUGUUGGCGGCGUCGUUUAUCCCAUCAUGCUGCGCAAACUCUUCUUGUCCAUUGGUUAUGCGUGGGCUGUUAGAGCGUCGGCGCUACUUUCUGCAGCAUGUUGUGUCGUGUCCCUUGUUACCGUAAGGAAAGUUGGUCAUAAGAAAUGCUCCGGAUGGAUAGAUAUCAAGAUGUUCAAGGAUUCAUGCUUCAUGCUGCUUGCUACUGGAUCCUUUUUCAUUUGCCUCGGAAUAUUUACUCCAUUCUUCUACAUCGUGAGCUAUGCCGAGGAUCGAGCAUUCGUUUCUCAGAAUACUGCAUUUUACGUUCUGUCAGUAAUGAAUGCUGGGGGCGUAUUCGGCCGCAUUGUUCCCGCGAUCCUCUCUGACAAGAUGGGGCGAUUCAACCUCCUUAUGCCCACCUCCUUCUUAGCAGGCAUAUCUUGCCUCAUCUUUUGGAUGCUUGCGAAGACAAUGAUCGCUGUGAUGGGCUUUGCGGCGGUGUAUGGUUUUCUAUCCGGUGCAUUCAUAUCCGUCAUUACCCCAUGCGUCGCGCAGAUAUCAGAUAUCAGCGAGAUAGGGUCUCGCAUGGGGGCACUGUAUACACUGAUAUCUGUCCCCUCUCUUGUCGGUGGACCCAUCGCAGGAGCUCUUAUUCAAUGCCAGAGAGGUUCUUACACCGGAAUGAUUGGACUAUCAGGAUCAAGCAUUAUAUUUGGGUCCUUUUUUAUUCUAGCUUGCAGGCUGAAGAUAAACAAAAAUAUCUGCGUAAGAGUGUAG